AGAUUUCCGUUUAUAAAGUGGUUUAUGAACUAAAGAAAAACAACGUGCUAAUUUAUGACACAGGUGCCAAUUUAUGACACAGGCGAUCUAAAAUUUGACAUUUCGAUAGUGAAGGUUCAAACGAGCUGACAGAAAUUUAUAUUUACACUAUUUUUGAUUUUGACAGAACCAAUUAUGGAGAGGUUAGGUGUGAUAGCCCAGCACUUACAUAGUGGUAUAAUUAAGAGUGACAUUUGCAAACAGGAGGUUUCAGGUUCCUUGCCUAGAUUCACUUUCAGCCCAGAGGACGUUGUUGUUGUUGCAGCCCUCAGAACACCCAUUGGAAAGUCAAGAAAAGGAGUCUUCAAGGACACUCAUGGUGAUGAUUUGUUAUCUGCAGCCUUUACUGGAGUCUUGAAAAGCGUGAACUUUCCAGCCAAUGAGCUUGGUGAUAUAUGCAUUGGAAAUGUCAACGACUCAAAAGCCUCGGUCACCGCCAGAUUUGCCCAGUUUUACAGUGGGAUCCCAUACACAGUUCCUGUGUCCUCAGUUAACAGACAGUGUGGGUCAGGUCUUCAGGCCUUCAUGAACAUUGCUGGAGGAAUCAAGAAUAAAGCCUACCCAGUUGGUAUGGCUGGAGGUGUUGAAAUGAUGAGCAGAGACGAAAUGGGAAAAGGUUUUGGGGAUUUAAAUCCAAAGGUUAUGGACUUUGAAGACGCAAAAAACAGCCUCAUUCCUAUGGGUAUAACCUCAGAAAUUGUUGCAGAGAGAUAUGGUAUUUCACGGGAGACUCAAGAUGCAUUUGCUCUCCAGUCACACCAGAAGGCAUCUGCUGCUACAAAGAAUGGCCUCUUUAAGGAGGAGAUAAUUGCAGUCACAGCACAGGUGGAGGGAAGUAACGGAGACAAGACCACCAUUACGGUGACAGAGGAUGAGGGUAUCCGUGGGAACACAACUAUGGAAGUGUUGUCCAAGCUGAAACCUGCUUUCAAACAGGGGGGAUCCACAACCGCUGGCAAUUCUAGCCAGACCAGUGAUGGUGCAGCUGCCGUUCUGGUUGCAAGUCGGGCUGAGGCCCAUAAACGCGGGCUUCCAAUCCUCGGAACUCUGCGGGCGUUUGCAGUGACCGGUGUACCUCCUGAUGAGAUGGGGGUGGGCCCAGCAGCAGCCAUACCUGUGGCACUGAAAAUGGCAGGUCUCACGAUAGCGGAUGUUGACAUAUUUGAGAUCAAUGAAGCCUUCGCAAGUCAAGCUGUGUACUGCGUUCAGAAACUUGGGAUCCCUGCUGACAAAGUGAAUCCCAAAGGUGGGGCCAUAGCGUUUGGGCACCCCCUAGGGGCUACAGGGGCUCGAAUGAUAGCCACCUUGCUACACGAGUUGAAACGAAGAGGCAAGAGGUCUUUUGGGGUGGUGUCCAUGUGUAUGGGGACAGGAAUGGGGGCUGCAGCUGUUUUUGAACACAAUCCUUGACUGCCUUCUGCAAGGAGAAAAACAGGGACAUCAACACAUUUACUA